GAGAUAAGUCUUACGACGUCGUUUUUAAGAAACAGCCUUCAACCGUUUUCCUUCAUCGUCAGAGUCAGAACUCGAGGACCUUGCUUUCUUGCAGUUCUCUUCUUCUCCUUCUCUUCUUGUUUUAAUUGUCUGAAAUCUCAAAGGAUCAAAAGAGUGAGAAACAGAGAGAAAGAAAUGCAUUUAUGGCCCUCAGUCAGAAUAAGGGAUUCAUUCAAGGCCGCUUAUCUAAGAAAACUAGAAUGGAACCUCCAUAGGAUGAAAUCAGAGAAACGAUCUUCUUCUUCUCCAAGGACUCCGAGCAACCAACAAAAACUCUUAAAUGAAAAAGAAGCUGCUGACUCAGCAUCUGCUUCUUCUGGUUGCUCUGCAAGUUUUAUUGUGAUUUGUAGAGAGAUUUCCAUGGUCCUUUCUUGCUGUUACUGUUGCUUCUGCUGUGGAGCUUGCGUUGAUCACGAAGAAAACUGACACGGUAUAUGGUGUGGUUUUGGGCACUGAUUCCAUCCCUUGACCACAGCAUUGUACAAAAUAACAAAGGAAGAAACAAACUGAACAAUAUUUUGUACAAAUCGAAUACAAAUGACUCUGUACUUCAUAGUUGUAGUAGUCUUGUGACAACCCUUGUUCUAUUGUUCUCUUAUCAGACUUGUAUAGUAUAUUUGACUGUUAUAGGAGUAUCAUUGCUUUAAUCAGCAUCUGCAUCUCGGGUCUUGUAGUGAAUGA